CCUUAUCAGGCCCGAAAUGAACAGCGGGAUGGAUGCUGUUGUCGUGGACUCUAACAUGGAGACAUUCACAGGUUUCCAUUCCAAUCUGGAAGUCACAGUUGGAGUCAUUCGACGAGUCACACCCGACGCUUGUCCACUUCACCCAUCUUCCAUCUCUUCUGCUCCCACUCACUUUUGGAAAAGCGACUGCUGACCACGUCACUCCAUUUCCACCCAACCUUCACCCUUCCCCUUCCAGUUUCUCUCCCCCUUCCCUUCUGAUAUCACGAGUUAAGAUGGGCUCCGCUCAGUGAAGUCUCGCAGCCAUCUCGGCUAUGUUCGUCUAACCCCCUUUUCACAACGACUAACAAGACUCACUGAUUAAUACAAGGAUCUCUGCCCAAGCAGAACAGCUCGCCAUGGCGUGGAAGAAACCUGCCGGCAAGAAGAAGCCUGCCCAACAACAAACCCCCAAGAAGAACAAUGAAGCCAACACCAGUUUCCCCGGGCUCAAGACCCCGGGGCAAACCCCACCAGCAAAGACUCAUUAUCAGGAAGUCCAGGAGAGUGAAGUAAUGGUGCUGCAAGCCAUCUAUGGCGAAGACUUUACCGAACACGAAGCAGCACACGGGGCAUGGCAGAAAUCAGAACCUCGUUUUGACAUCAAGAUCAAACCCUCAGCUGACCAAGAGCUCUCAGUAACACUGGGUGUUGUCAUGGUGGCCACCUACCCAAAGUCCCCUCCAUUGCUGACCAUCAAGGAUGAUCAUAGUCUACGAGAAUCAACCAAGUUCAAGAUCCAAAAGUUUGUGGAAACUCAGCCAAAGAUCUACGCGCAAGCGGAACAGGAGAUGAUAGACCAGAUUGUCGAAGGGAUCCGCGAUAUCCUGGAGGAAGCCGCUCAGAAAAAGGUCCAGGGGCUGGAAAUCCCCUCCCUUGAAGAGGAGAGGGCAGCCCACGAAGCAGAGCUGGCAAGGUUAGCGCAGAGCGAAAAAGAGCGAGAGGAACGGAAGAAGCUCGAAGAGAGCAAGGAAGAAGAAAGAGUCCUCGAAGACAUGCUCCAGGAAGAACUCAAACGCCAGCGAAAUAAAGCAAAAGAAUCCAGAAAGAAGAACAGGAGCCACCAAUUAUCCCCUGACCGUGCUCCGCAAGAUCCUGGCGAGACUGACGAGACGCUCAUGUUUGAUCAGCCCUGCAAGAUCACUGACGACUCCGGUAAUGCCUUGUUCUUCCAAACCGUCAUCGGCAAAACUGUCUUUCGCGAAGGUCCCAUCACCACCGUCUAUAAGGUGAAACCAGUUCUGUCCGCCCGAACAGUGCGCCCCAGCUUAGCCUUGAAGCAAGUAGAAGUCAAGUCACACGGAAAGGAUUCGGCUCAGUUCAAGAAGCAGUUGCAGUAUCUGGAGUCGCAGAUGGAAACACUGAAAAAGCUUCGCCAUCAGAAUCUGCUUCCCUUCCUUGAUUUCAGAAUCGAUCGAGGCAUCAGCGACACCGAUUCUUCGGCGCCGACUAUCUGGACGGUCAGCAUUCUGACGCCCCUCGCCACAAAGGGGCCCAUUGAAGAGCUUCUCGAUCUGGCGGGCCACAUUGACACCAACAAGGCAAAAAUAUGGACGGCCGACCUUCUGGAAGCACUGGCAUUUCUACACAAUAACGGAAUCAUUCAUCAGGACCUUCACCCAGCCAACAUUCUCCUCUACAGAAACCAGGCGGGGGAUAUAGUGCCCAAGAUAACUGAUGCGUUUUAUCAGAGGGAACUUCACAACCUCUGUACAAAGAUAAAGACGCUGACAUCCUCAAGAGCCGCCAAAUCCGCAUACUGGUUUCCGCCCGAAAUCGCAGGCGUAUCGAAACCUCAGUACACUCAAAAGACCGAUGUCUGGGAUUUUGGCAUCGUCUUCCUCCAGAUGAUCUUCGGUUUGGAUGUUGCCGAGAAGUAUCAUUCGCCUUCCGCAUUGAUGGAUUCUCUCUCUCUGUCGGCUCCUCUGGAAGAACUGGUCUCCAAGUUCUUCAAGUCCGACCCUAAGAAGCGGCCACGGGCUUUUGAGUUGAGCUCGAGCGAAUUCCUCGCUACCAACGCACCCAUUAUCGACGACGAAGACAUUGCUGUGCCGGGCUCUUUAAUGCCCAUGCCGCAAACAAUCCCACAGAGGAUGAGGUACGACUCAAUGAGUCGCGGACCCAUGUCUUCCAGAUAUCGGCAGGACUAUGUGGAAGAGGCCCGUCUUGGAAAAGGAGGGUUCGGAGAGGUUGUCCGAGCCCGCAAGAUGAUCGAUGGACACCUAUACGCCAUUAAGAAGAUCACUCAGAGAUCGCAAGAGACACUAUCUGAGAUUCUGAAGGAAGUCCGACUUCUUUCCCAGAUGAACCAUCCAGCUGUAGUGAGAUACUACAACACAUGGCUCGAGGAGGUGCCGGACUACGCGGACACAGAAGGCGAUACUUCAACGGAAGGUGGUGCCACGGAUAUCACAGACAGCUCUCAGGUCACGAUAUCCCACGGCAUUAAUAUCGAGUUUGCCGAGAGCAAAAGCCGAGGCCUGGAUUUCAUGUCCUCCAGUGGCCACCCGGGCAUUGAGUACGAUUACAGCUCAAGUGAAGAAGAUGAUGACGACGAAGACGAAGACGAUGAAGAAGAUGAAUCCGGCAGUGACUCGGACGACGAUGCUGCCACCGUGAGCGGCAAGAGCCACCUCGGGGUUACAGGACGUCGUCCUCGGCGAGGAAGUGCUCGCCCAUACAAGACUGUCAUGUACAUUUCCAUGGAGUACUGCGAGAAGCGGACACUGCGCGACUUGAUAUCUCGGAAUCUGUCCAAGGAAACAGCCGAGAUCUGGCGCCUAUUCCGCCAAAUCCUAGAAGGCCUCUGCCACAUUCACAGCCUCAACAUCGUUCAUCGCGACCUUAAGCCCGAGAACAUCUUCAUCUCUUCAGGACCUGAUGGCCUGGAUAACGUGAAGAUCGGCGACUUUGGACUGGCCACUAGCGGACAGUUGGCGAUAGACAAGUCAACAGCAAGCUUGGAUGCAAGCGACAUGACCAGGAGCAUCGGCACAGCAGUUUACGUUGCCCCUGAGGUCAGGACGGGUGGCAGCGGCUCUUAUACCUCAAAGGUUGAUAUGUAUUCCUUGGGCGUGAUCUUCUUCGAGAUGUCGUACCCUCCCAUGCUUGGAAUGCAGCGCGCUAUGGUCCUUGAGCAGCUGCGCCAAUCCCCUCCAGUUCUGCCCGCUGACUUCAAGCAUAUGGACAAAAACCAUCUCGAGGUUCUGUUGUCACUGCUGACCCACAACCCUAAAGAGCGUCCUUCGAGCUCAGAGCUCAUGAAGAGUGGCAAGCUACCGAUUCAGAUGGAAAGCGAGGCGAUACGGCGUGCGAUUGCUGGAUUGUCGGAUCCCAACUCACCUUACUACCAGAAGAUGCUCGAAACUUUGUUCUCCAGGCCGAUCGAACAAGCAAAGGAUUAUGCCUGGGACAUGUCUUCUUCUGGGCCCUCACCCCAGGAGCUUAUGCGACAGUUCAUCGUCAAAGACACCUUGAUAUCCAUCUUCCGGCGACACGGUGCAGUCGAGGCUCCUACCGCCUGCCUGUAUCCCAGCUCUUCACACUAUGGCCAAAACGCAGUUCAUCUACUAGAUCAGAAUGGUACGGUUCUUCAGCUGCCUUUCGAUCUGAUGAUGGGCCAUGCUCGCUCUCUCGCAAGAAUCACAAACAGCCCCAUUGUCCAGAAGUCAUACUCCUUUGGCAACAUCUUCCGUGAACGUCACGGCGGUGGCCAGCCGGAUGUGUAUGGAGAAGUCGACUUUGACAUUAUCACUUCAGACGCCUUGGACCUUGCUCUGAAAGAAGCUGAGGUCAUCAAAGUUCUGGACGAGAUCGUGACCGCGUUCCCUACCGUGUCAUCCACUCCCAUCUGCUUCCAGCUUGGGCACUCCGACCUCCUGAAUCUUAUCUUCGAGUACUGCGGUGUAGAGGUGGGCACACGGAGGGCUGCUGCUGAGGUCCUCAGCAAGCUCAACAUUCGCAACUUUACGUGGCAAAAGGUGCGUGGUGAGCUUAGAUCGCCUAUGGUGGGUAUAUCGGCAACCAGCGUGGACGAGCUACAGAGAUUUGACUUCAGAGACACCCCGAGCAAGGCCAUUUCCAAGAUCAAGCUCCUUUUCGAAGGAACAGAAUACUAUCAACAAGCUUCAUCAACGUUGGCCCAUCUGAAAGAAGUGUACGAGUACACCAAGCGGUUCGGCGUACAAAACAAAAUCUACAUCGCACCCUUGAGCAGCAUCAACGAGGCCUUCUUCCGCGGUGGAACCCUCUUCUCUUGUCUAUACGACAAAAAGGUCAAAGACGUCUUUGCCGCCGGUGGCCGCUACGACAGCUUGAUUAAGGAACACCGUCCCAAGAUCGGCAACCGGUUCGAAGAGCGCCAUGCGGUAGGCUUCAGCUUGAACUGGGAGAAGCAGCUAGCGAAGCCCGUUCCGAAAGCCACCGGAAAAGCAUUCCUCAAAAAGGCAGCCGAAGAGGAGAGCCAAGGGCUCUUCAACAUCAAACGCUGCGACGUCCUCGUCGCUUCCUUCGACCCCGAAGUCCUCCGCUCCUCGGGCAUUGAGCUCGUUCAGACGCUUUGGGCGCAAGGCAUCUCGGCCGAGCUAGCCCGCGACGCCCGCUCGCCGGAAGAUCUGCUCUCCAAGUAUCGCGACGAGUCGUACUCGUGGAUCGUCAUCAUCAAACAGGACAACAUGCUCAAAAUCAAGACCAUGGGUCGCAAAGACGCGCCCGACGCCGAUAUCCCCGCUAAGGAGCUGCUCAACUGGCUGAAGGCCGAGAUGCGCGAGAACAGGGACGCUCUCAUGCGCGGCACGGGCGGCGGCGGCGGCAUGUCAUCCGGAGCUGCCAUCAAGUUCCGCGGCGGCGGCGGCGGCGGAGGCGGCGGUCUCUCGUCCUUUGGCAUGAACAACUCGGAGCUGAACAGCGGACUGUUCCUGGGCGCGGACGGCGAGCGUGAGCAGGAGGUGCACGUGCUCGUGGCGCAGACGAAGAGCAAGAAGUUCAACCGCCGACAGGUGGUGGAGCAGGCGCAGACGAGCGCGGCCAGGCUGUUGCAGAGCUUCCUGGACGGGCCGAUUGCCGCGAUCGAGACGUCGGAUAACGUGAUGGAGAUGAUACGGCGGACGAGCCUGAGCGACGCGGAGAGCUGGCGCAAGGUGGAACACAAUGUGGGCACGAGUGAGAAGAAGUAUGUCAAGGAGAUUCACGAUAUGUUGAAGGGGUGGAGGUGGGAGUGGGAGGCCAAGAAGGGGUCGGAGCACGCGUUUGUGUAUAAUUUCAGGACGGGGAGAUGUAUCUAUUACGACUUGUCGGCUUGAUCGAGUCGGUUGGGUGUUUGAGGCCUCGGGGAGGUACAUAGGUAGCUAGGUUACUUGCUCUAGUUGGUGGUUGGAGGUGUGUAUAAUAGUUUCACCGGAUGAUAUCCGACUCGGACAAAUCUCUACCUAUUGGUCUAGUCAUCUCAUCCG